AUGUUCUCCCACACUCUCGUUUUCUUGGCCGCUACCUUGGCUUCUCUGGCCCAGGGCUUGCCCACCGAGCAGCUCGACGCCCGGCAGAACACUGUAUGUUCGAUAAACGAGAAGACUUGGACGGCUACCAUGACGGGGACGUGCUCCAUUGACGGAGGCCCUGCCAUGACGUGUGACCAGAGAACCGACCUCAAGACGCUCGUCGUAAAGAAGAACACGAUGUUGAGCGCCGCAGGCCUGGGUAACAACAAAUUCGAAUGCAAGGGAUACCAGUCGUGGCAAUGCUGCUCUUCUUAG